CCCAAGGUUGCCCCUUCCCGCUUGCUGCCGCUGAAGAGCCUCAAGGUGGCCGACUCCUCCCGCACAGACCCCUUGGUACUCGUCUUCGUGGAGAGCCUCUACUCCCAGCUGGGCCAGGAGAUCGUGGCCAUUUUGGAGUCGAGUCGCUUCAAAUACAGGACGGAGAUUGCCCCAGGGAAGGGGGACAUGCCCACACUGACUGACAAGGAUCGUGGACGUUUUGCGCUCAUCAUCUACGAGAACAUCCUCAAGUACGUCAACUUGGAUGCCUGGAACCGGGAGCUGCUGGACAAGUACUGCGUGGAGUAUGGCGUGGGCAUCAUCGGUUUCUUCAAGGCCAACGAGAACAGCCUGCUGAGUGCCCAGCUGAAGGGCUUCCCUCUCUUCCUCCACUCCAACCUGGCACUGAAGGACUGCAGCAUCAACCCCAAGUCGCCCCUGCUGUACAUCACGCGCCCCAGCGAGGUGGAGAAGGGUGUGCUCCCCGGGGAGGACUGGACUGUCUUCCAGUCCAACCACUCCACCUACGAGCCGGUCCUCCUGGCCAAGACCAAGUCAGCUGAGUCCAUCCCACACAUGAGCGUGGAUGCGGCACUGCACACCACCGUGAUGCAGGACCUGGGCCUCCACGAUGGCAUCCAGAGGGUGCUUUUUGGCAACAACCUCAACUUCUGGCUGCACAAGCUGGUCUUUGUGGACUCUGUCUCCUUCCUGACGGGCAAGAGGCUCUCCCUGCCCCUUGACCGCUACAUCCUGGUGGACAUCGAUGACAUCUUUGUGGGCAAGGAGGGCACGCGCAUGAAGGUGGAAGAUGUCAAGGCGCUGUUCAACACGCAGAAUGAGCUGCGCACCCACAUCCCGAACUUCACCUUCAACCUGGGAUACUCAGGGAAAUUCUUCCACACGGGUACCGAUGCCGAGGAUGAAGGUGAUGACCUGCUGCUGUCCUACGUGAGAGAAUUCUGGUGGUUUCCCCACAUGUGGAGCCACAUGCAGCCUCACCUCUUCCACAACCAGUCUGUUCUUGCUGAGCAGAUGACCUUAAACAAGAAAUUCGCUGUCGAGCAUGGCAUCCCCACUGACAUGGGGUACGCCGUGGCCCCGCACCACUCAGGUGUGUACCCCGUCCAUGUGCAGUUGUAUGAAGCUUGGAAGCAGGUUUGGUCAAUCAAAGUGACAAGCACGGAGGAGUACCCCCAUCUGAAACCCGCUCGCUAUCGCCGUGGCUUCAUCCACAAUGGCAUCAUGGUACUCCCCCGGCAAACCUGCGGCCUCUUCACGCACACCAUCUUCUACAACGAAUACCCUGGUGGCUCCAGUGAGCUGGACAAAAUCAUCAACGGGGGUGAACUGUUCCUGACCGUGCUCCUCAACCCCAUCAGCAUCUUCAUGACCCAUCUGUCCAAUUAUGGCAACGACCGCCUGGGCUUGUACACCUUCAAGCACCUGGUCCGCUUCCUCAACUCCUGGACCAAUUUGAAGCUGCAGACGUUGCCACCCAUGCAGCUGGCACAGAAAUACUUCCAGAUCUUCUCCGAGGAGAAGGACCCACUCUGGCAGGAUCCCUGUGAAGACAAACGGCACAAAGACAUUUGGUCCAAAGAAAAGACCUGUGACCGAUUCCCAAAGCUUCUCAUCAUCGGGCCUCAAAAAACAGGAACAACUGCACUUUAUCUCUUCUUGGGGAUGCACCCAGACCUGAGCAGCAACUACCCCAGCUCAGAGACCUUUGAGGAGAUACAGUUCUUCAACGGACACAACUAUCACAAGGGCAUCGACUGGUACAUGGAGUUCUUCCCCAUACCCUCCAACACCACCUCUGACUUCUACUUUGAGAAAAGUGCCAACUACUUUGACUCCGAAGUGGCUCCCCGGAGAGCCUCAGCCCUACUCUCCAAGGCCAAAGUCAUCACCAUUCUCAUCAACCCUGCAGAUCGAGCCUACUCCUGGUAUCAGCACCAGCGAGCUCAUGAUGACCUGAUCGCCCUGAAAUACACCUUCCAUGAGGUGAUCACAGCAGGACCCGAGGCUGCUCCGAAGCUCCGGACCCUGCAGAACCGCUGCCUGGUGCCAGGCUGGUACGCCACCCACAUUGAGCGCUGGCUGAACAGCUACCACGCCAACCAGAUCCUAGUCCUGGAUGGCAAGCUGCUCCGAACAGAACCUGCCAAAGUGAUGGAGACAGUCCAGAAAUUCCUUGGUGUGACCAACUUCAUCGAUUAUCACAAGACCCUGGCGUUUGAUGCAAAGAAAGGAUUCUGGUGUCAGCUUCUGGAUGGAGGGAAAACAAAAUGCUUGGGAAAGAGCAAGGGGAGGAAGUACCCCGAGAUGGACUCGGAUUCGCGCGCCUUCCUGCGGGACUAUUACAGGGACCACAACAUAGAGCUCUCCAAGCUCCUGUACAAAAUGGGGCAGACGCUGCCCACCUGGCUGCGGGAGGAGCUGCAGAGCACCAGGUAG